AUGUGGCCGGUUCUAAUGGCUGCCCUGCGGAACUACGCGCCCAUGGUCGUGUUCCCGGCUGCGUGCGUCAUUGGCGUGAUCGGCUAUAACUUGGAACGAACGCUGACGGAUCGAUCCACGCCUUGGUCCAAAUCCGUGAUUGAGCGGCGGGAAGAGCGGAAAAUGAACGAGAAACCCGAAGACGAGUUCCGAGUGCCCGCUACGAUCUUUGAGCGCCGCCAGAAUCCCUCGUGACCAGCACGGUUACCUUGGUUGGCCAUUAGUCAGAUGUAUUGCAACUAUUUUUAGAACGAUAGAGUUAGUCGCUAGGACUUAAAAAUAUUCAUUUUUGGCCUGCCUUUGGAGCUUCCUGGAAAGGCUCGGCGGAAGAAAAAAUAAAGAUCUUUAAAGCACUAA